UUUUUGGAGGCAGUGCGGCAGUAAGACGGUGCCCUUAGUGAAAGAGACACGUAAAAGGCUGGUGUCCGCUGCCUUGUGAAUAAUAGCUUGUGAACUUGCUUGUGACGUGCUUGUGACUCCCUCGAUCGUGCAACGGAUGUUUCCUCGGGGAGCUGAUAAGCAGUUCAUCAUCCAUCACCCCGCAGCGGUAAAAGUGAAGGCAAAAAGUGGAGUGUGACUGAUGAACACCUCGAGUCACCAGUGCCAUUAAUCAGCGACAAAGAUCAUUCCACUAGCCACCAUCAAGAACAAAGUAGUCAGUCCGUCACUCCUGCACCAGCUCACCAUCACAACUGCCACAAGGAGAACCAAAAGCAUCACCGUCAACAUGAUCAUACAAACCUUACUGGCUGUGCUGGCAACGGUGGCGUGUGCAGAUGCCAACCUACUGCAGCGAUGGCCAGCAGCUCCUACUAAAAACUUCGGCGACAAAGUACACACCGGCCCUCACACCACCACCACCACCACUCCCACCCUAGAUGACAACCUGUUUCGACAAACGCCUUCAUACAACCCAAACAUCAGAUACCACAUCCGGCUUCCCACCACACAAACAACACCAUCCACAAACAAAAAGAAACCAAAAUCUGUUCAAACAUCGCUUCCUUCCACAUACAACACCAUUACCACCACACAGAGCACCUACCCAUCUACGGGAACACCGCUUACAACUACAGCCACUACGAGUACAGAAGAGCCGCAUGUCCCAGUACACAGCAGCUACUUCACUACAGACGCCCUCUCCACUUCAAGCAUUAUGAAGUUGCCAGAGAAUGAGACGGAUUCCAGGAUCCUCUAUUGGCCCUCGUCCCCCAAUGUGACUGUCACGCUCAACUUCAGUGUGGCAGGCAGGAUCUACACCUUCAACUCCAGCACGGCUCUCCCCCAGCACUGGCACAGCAUUGACAUAUAUCAGAUAAUCUCGCGACGUAACGAAACCACGGUCCACCUCAACACGGACAGACGCUACAUAAACCUGGGAACCUCAAGGGUGCUCUUCGUGCAGGUUAGCAGCGACCACACGACCCACUGGUGCUUCUGUCCCCAGGCCCAUCUUUGCACUCUUCUUUCGCCGCUGAAGCACGGGGACAGUGACUCAUCAGGGGAACGAACAGACCUCCUGGUGGCCCUGCUCGUGGUGGUGUUCCUGCUGAUAGUGACCCUUUUGGCUCUCGUCGGCGUCACCUUCUACAGGAAAAACGAACUCUUUCAUAUCUACGCUAAGCCGAUUGACUGUCUGCCGUACACACCACAACCACCUCCACUACCAAGACCGAACAAGGAACUAGCGCGUCAUGGUCACAGCGGAGAGGGAAAGCAAGCUGAGGAUGAGAAGACUAAGUUGGCUGACUGCUCCGGCUACAGCAAAGUCAGUGACACUACCACCACGGCCGCACCACCUACUCCGCUACCGGCCAACCCCACUGGUGACAGGCAGCACGAGCAGCUUAAAGAACAUGAGAGUAUUAAUUGUCUCUAUGGUUUAGUUUAACUCGCCUGGGUUAAAAUCUUCACUACUGGGACGCAUUAUUUGCCUAAAGAUUUGUGUACGAUUAGACCGUUAUAUUGACAUUAGGAAGGGUGUAUAGAGGUCAUAGGGUUAGUGUCCACAUUCUUCACUAUUUUAAUCCCCACAUGAGUUUCUGAUGCUGUAUAAAAUCACCAGAUAGUAACCAGAAUGAAUAUGGAAACUCGUCAUGGCACUGAAGGGGUUAAGUUCUUCAGUACCAAGACGAGUUUCCAUAUUCAUUCUGGUUGCUAUUUGGCGAUUUAAUACAGCUUCAGAAAUAAAUGUUGGUAUUACAAAAGUGAAGACUGUAGCCAUUAAUCGUCUGACCUCCAUAGAGCUUUCCUAAUGCAAAUAAAAUCUUAUACUUGUACCCAGAAAUCAAGGUAAAAAUGCCUUCCAGUACUGAAGGGGUUAAUCAUUCCACGCAAAUCACCAUCUGUACAUAUAACAAAGACCAUCUACUCCUUGAUAUACACACAUUUACGACCUUCAUGGCUCAUAAUCACAUACUGUAUUAUCGAUGUAAAUAAAUUAUAUGUGUAAUAA